GGUGGAUGCUGCUGCCGCGUUGGUCCCGUGCCGGCUCAGCCAUUGUUUCUCUCCUAAGAGGUGAUUGCUAAUAUACGGCUUUGGCGACGGUGGUAUUUUUUUUUCGCUGUACUGACGAUAUAAAACGAAAAGAAAACCAAAAAGACGAAAAUGGACACUGUCCAACAAUUACUAACACGCAUCCACGAUGCUGUGGCUAUUGAAGCCAUCGGUCUAGCUGCCAAAGCCGGCCUCAAUACCAGACAAGUCUACAAUAUCAUCUCGGGCGCGGCUGGCAGCUCGGCAUCGUUCAAGCAUCUCGUUCCCCAGCUAUUUGGAGACGACGAGCCAAUCAGCAGCGAGUCCUCAGAUAUUUCACCUACACGUACAAAUCAAAAGAAACACUUUCCUUCCCCCCUAUCUUCUACUGCACAGCAAGUCUUGAUUGCCUCAUCGCAACUUUCUCCAAACACAAAGGCGCACCGGCUAGCACAGUUCUAUCUGGGUGAUGCCGACGCCGUCUUCAUAGCCUCGCAGCUAUGCACUGGAACUACAAAGCUUACUCCCGCCUCAAGUCCCUUUGAAGUCGCCAAAGUAGGCGUCAUUGGCCUGGGAGCCAUGGGAAUGGGCAUGGCAAUGUCCCUACUUCGUGCUGGAUAUCCGGUCCAAGGUUACGAUGUGAUCCCUGCCGCAGCAAAGGCCUUUGCACAAGCACCAGGCCAAGCGUCCAUCGGGUCCACCAUUCAGGAAACAAUCGCAGGUGCUAGUGUUGUGCUACUCAUGGUCCAAAAUGCAGCGCAGGCUGAAGAUGUCUUGUUUGGAUCCGGUGGUAUUGGAGCAGCAAGCCUUGUCGAUGGGGCUGUCGUCAUUCUCAGCUCGACAGUUGCCCCUGCAUUUACAAGAGAAUUAAAUGCAAAAUUAGGCGCAUUACACAGAAACAUUGCUCUAGUCGAUGCGCCUGUUAGCGGUGGAAUUGCUAGAGCAGCCAACGGCACUUUGACGAUUAUUUGCUCGGGAGAUGAGCCUGCACUAAACCAGGUGACGCCUCUUCUGCUGGCCAUGUCCGGCACGGAGGAAAACCUCUUCAAGAUUGAUGGCGGCAUUGGCUCAGCCUCGUCCAUCAAAACCGUCAACCAGCUUCUUGCGGGGGUGCAUAUUGCCGCCGCCGCGGAGGCGCUGUCGUUUGCUGCCAGCCUCGGCUUAAAUACGCGCCGCACAUUCCAAGACCUUCUCCAAGGCUCUGCGUGGAGCUGGAUGUUGGAGAAUCGCGGGCCGCAGAUGCUCGACGCUGACUGGACCCCGCAUUCUGCCCUAGCCAUAUUCGUGAAGGAUCUGGGCAUUGUUCUCGACGAAGCUCGCCGCCUGGGAUACUACGCGCCCAUUGCAGCCACGGCCCAUACUCUCUAUCUCCAAGGCGCCGCGCAGGGCUGGGAAAAGGAAGCAGACUCUGGUGUUGUACGGUUGUGGCAAUUCGGAGCCGGGACUACUAUUACAUCCUCAGUAACAGCAAUGGCGGCUAAUACUGCAUCUGCAUCUCCUCGGGACUACGAAAUACUAUCGGCCGCGACAACAUUAGCAACUCUCCCAGCUGUACAUAGCGAAAACAUGCUCGAGUCCAUACAAGACGUCGUCAACAGUGGUUCUGUCCCAGUAUUGGUUGUUUUGGAUGAUGAUCCAACUGGAACGCAGACAUGCCAUGACAUCGACGUCUUGACAGUAUGGGAUAUCGCUACACUAGAAGAUCAAUUCAGGCGCGAUUCUUCAGGCUUCUUUAUUCUCACCAAUUCUCGAGCGCUUCCUUCCGACAAGGCAAAGGACCUGAUUAUCACAAUAUGCAACAACCUCAAAGCCGCGUCUCAAAGUACGGACACAGCAUUUGAAAUCGUCCUCCGCGGUGAUUCCACCCUUCGCGGUCAUCUUCCAGAAGAACCUGAAGCUGCUGAAGCGGCUUUGGGCAAGUUUGACGGAUGGGUUUUGGCCCCCUUCUUUGCUCAGGGAGGCCGACUUACAAUCGACGAUGUCCAUUACGUCAAAGAAGGCGACGACCUGGUCCCAGUAAGCCAGACACCCUUCGCCCAGGAUGCUACCUUUGGAUACAAGAGCUCCAACCUGCGAGACUAUAUUACAGAAAAGUGCGGCAACAGAUUCGAUGCGUCCUCAUUUCUUUCCAUUUCCAUAGAGGAUAUACGCACAGGUGGCGCAGCAGCAGUCACAGCCAAACUCCUAACACUACCAGCGCAGGCUAAUACCGUCAUUAUUGUCAACGCUGUGGAAGAAUCAGAUAUGCAUGUGUUUGUCGCUGGUUUGCUUGAUGCCGAGAAAAAGGGCCGUCGAUAUCUCUACCGCACAGGUGCUGCCUUUGUAUCGUCUCGACUCGGAAUCAGCAGCAUACCGCCGCUGACUCUACAAGAUCUUGAUAAGCAGGGCGCAAAUCUCGCCCCCAAUCACGGCGGUCUUAUUAUUGCUGGGUCCCAUGUGCCAAAGACAACGGCACAGUUGGAAGAGCUUCGCAAGAGCCGAGGCGACGAGCUGGAUGUUAUCGAGUUGGAUGUUGCCGAGCUCCUUGAAUCAGACGAAGCCGUUGCUGGUCAAAUGAAUGCUGUUGCUGCAACUGUAUCUGCGAAACUAGAAGCAGGUACAGAUGUUCUUGUUAUGACGUCACGCGAAUUGGUGAAAGGAGAAUGUGCUGUUAGUUCGCUCGAGAUAGGGUCUCGCGUAGCCAGCGCUCUGGUUCAGCUACUGGAAAGCGUCGAGGUGCGGCCCAGAUAUCUGAUUGCCAAAGGAGGUAUCACCUCGUCGGAUGCAGCUAGCAAGGCCCUCAGAAUGAGACGAGCGCGUGUUAUUGGUCAAGCUGCACCUGGAGUGCCGCUUUGGCGAUGUGACGAAAUCACAAGUCGACACUGCGGUGUUGCAUACGUCGUCUUUCCAGGUAAUGUUGGAAGCAACACCACAUUGGCAGAAGUGGUGACUUCCUGGGCUAGGAGUUAAUUCAUAUAUUGUUGGUAAUGAUUCGCAUGUCAACGGAGGACAGCAAACUUGGAAAUGGGUUUCCAUGAUGUGAUAUUAAAAACUAUUUGACAGAAAAAUGAAAAUGAAAAUACAAUUGUCAACAGUAAUAUGUGGCCCAGCCAUCCAUGAAUCCUCAACCAAAGCCGUACUAUGCCCACCGGUCCGCGUGCAUCCAAUUCCAUCCCCUCUUUGGUACAGGCUCAUCAACUAUUAUUCAGCUAGAAGCGUAAGAAUCUAUUGAGUUACAGGCGCGGGCUGUUCGGGCGCCAUGUCAAGCAACGGCUUAGUCACAGAUGAAGGCUGUGCCUCGGGGAUAGGUGAUGGAAGAGGUUUAGGCUCGGGAGUAGGCUGCUCGACAGCAGGCUGGUCCAAGUUUUCGCCUUCCAUCGUUUCCUCAGCAAGGAGCUCCUCGAUAAAGGCCUCGUCUGGUUUGACAAGCUCGGCAUUCUCGUCAUCAUGAACCUGAAUAUCCUUGUACACACGGCCAUUGUGUACCUUGGGCAGCUCGGUUACAUCGGUAGGAGGCGUAAUAUGUACUUCUUCAAUCUCGACACUGAGACUGGGGAUGCUGCUGAUGUUGAGACUGGUACCGUUCGCCGUAAUGAUGGACACGUCGACACCCUGCUGGAAAAGCUUUUCCUUGUCGACACCUGCCUGCAUGGAGAACAUUCGCAUGUUGGACUUCAUGGCAUCGUCAAUGGAAAAGCCACCAUUCAGCUCACCCUCAGAGGGAUAUUCCAUCACAACCAUCGUACCGGCGCCUUGGCCCUUCAUGGUGACGACAAUAUCACAGGGCCUCUCUAAUUCGCUCGCCUCGACGUGAAUCUUGGCGUAAUAGCUGGUCUUGGGACGUGCGCUUCUGCGACGGUUCUGUGGCGGGCCGUAUAGACGGUUGAUAAUGGCCGUGGCCUCUUUCUUCAUCUGCUCCGGAGACUUCUCC